AUGGUAGAUAGUCCAGACUUGGAGGUGGAUGACCUCAUCGAGGAAAACACACUCAGCGUUAUAGUUCACUGCCUUAACCCCUAUGUGCAUAAAGUUGGAGGUCUGGUGAAGGCCCUUCCCCCAAUCUGGGGUAUGGAGGAGAGAGUUCGAGGGAGAGGUGUGGGAGAGAACAGAGUACAAUUCAUUUUUACCUCGGAGAACGAUCUUCAGCAUGUCCUAUCCAAAGGACCUUGGUUUGUCAAUGGAUGGAUGGUGUCCAUGGACCAGUGGAACCCCAACCCACCACCAGAGUAUCUGCAACGCAUCCCCUUUUGGAUAAAAGUUCGUGGCCUUCCUAUCCAUAUGCUGAAACGAGAAAUUGUGGAGAGUCUGUUAGGACCACUUGGGGAAGUUGGACCAGUGGAAAUUCAUGCAAAAGCCUCAAACUCUUUGGAGUAUGUGCGAGCAAAGGUUAAUAUCAACACUGAAGAGCCGCUUCAAUUCCGAAGAGUUGCGAGAUUCAAAUCAUGA